ACCCCCCGCAUGGCACUUGUCGGGUUAUUGACAUGGAGUGGUAGGCCGCAGCCUCGGGCUGUAGUUACCGCUCCGCCCUAGACUCGCUCCUCCUUCCCCGGAGAGGCUUGGCAUGGGGAAAGGGUGAGGCACAGCAGCCAUGUACUCGCCGCAGCGCCGGGACUUCAUGUCCGUCACCCUCAUCCAGCCGGACGGCAGCGGCGGCUACAACAACAGCAAGAGCUGGAGGCGGAAGUCGUGCUGGCGGAAAUGGAAGCAGCUGUCGAGGUUACAGCGCAGCAUCAUCCUGUUCCUGUGCACCGUGCUGGCCGUGUGCGGGGUCGUGUCCUUCUCCAACCUGGGCGAGCACUGGAAGAGUCUAACGAGCCAGAUAGAAGGGGUUAAUGAGGGUCGAGACAUGCCAGGCAUUAACCCCGCGCAUCCAGCCGUAUUACCAGCCCCCAAAGAAGCAGAAGAUCCGGAUGGCAAGUUACCAAAACCUGCACCACUGCCCCAGCAGAAGCUCAGAAGACCAAAUAAGCGCGGACCUCCAAAUCUACAACCCCCACCGGACAAGGGCCAAAAGCUGGAAGAUAACGAGCAGCGGCCGGAUGAAGCGGACAACAACCAACCAAUCAUAAGCUGGAGAGGAGCGGUGAUAGAACCCGUCCAGACAUUGGCCCCUUCUCCAGUCAAAGCCCCGGAGCCCACGAGGGCCCCACCUCAGGAUGUCCCCGAGCAGAAGGAACCGGUCCCCAUCAGUGAGCGGCAGGAGGCGGUCAUCGAGGCGUUCCGUCACGCGUGGAGCGGGUACAAGCAGUUUGCCUGGGGUCACGACGAGCUGAAGCCGAUUUCCAAAUCCCACAGCGAAUGGUUUGGACUGGGACUCACCCUCAUAGACGCGCUGGACACCAUGUGGAUCCUGGGCCUGAAAGAAGAGUUUCGGGAGGCCCGGGAAUGGGUGGCCACCCAGCUGUCUUUUGAUAAAAAUGUUGACGUCAACCUGUUUGAGAGCACCAUCCGGAUCUUGGGAGGGCUGCUGAGCACCUACCACCUGACCCAGGACCCGCUGUUCCUCGAGAAGGCGAGAGACAUCGGCGCUCGCCUUCUCCCAGCCUUCAACACCCCGUCCAAAGUGCCUUUCUCCGAUGUCAACAUUGGCAGGGGCACUGCCCACCCUCCGCGCUGGACCUCCGACAGCACAGUGGCCGAAGUGACCAGCGUCCAGUUGGAGUUCCGCGAGCUGGCCCGGUUGACGGGAGAUGAACAGUUCAGGAAAGUGGUGGAUCAGGUCACCCAGCACGUCCACACUCUGCCGGGGAAGCGUGACGGCCUGGUGCCCAUGUUCAUCAAUACCAACAGCGGACAGUUCAGCCAUCUUGGAGUCUUCACGCUGGGCGCUCGAGCUGACAGCUACUAUGAGUAUUUGCUCAAGCAGUGGAUUCAGAGCGGCAAAAAAGAGCCCUCGUUCUUAGAGGAUUACAUCCAGGCCAUUGAAGGCGUCAAGAAAAACCUGCUCCGAAAAUCUGAGCCAAACAAACUGACGUUCGUCGGGGAGCUUUCUCAUGGUCACUUCAGCCCCAAAAUGGAUCAUCUCGUCUGCUUCCUGCCGGGGGCGUUGGCUUUAGGGGCCCAUAACGGGAUCACCAGUGAUCACAUGGAGAUAGCUGUGGCCCUCAUGGAGACCUGCUAUCAGAUGUACAAGCAGAUGGAGACCGGCUUGAGCCCAGAGAUCUCGCACUUCUUCCUGCACGCUGCAAUCGGGAGUAAGGACAUAGACGUCAAGCCUGCGGACAGACACAACCUCCUGCGGCCCGAGACGGUGGAAAGCCUCUUCUAUCUCUAUCGCUUCACCGGUGACACGAAGUAUCAGGAUUGGGGCUGGGAGAUUCUGCAGAACUUCAACAAGUACACCAGGGUCCAAUCCGGCGGCUACUCGUCCAUCAACAACGUGCAGAGCGCCACCAACCCCGAGCCGCGGGACAAAAUGGAGAGCUUCUUCCUGGGGGAGACCCUAAAAUACCUAUUUCUACUUUUUUCCGACGACGUUGAUUUGCUGAACUUGGACAAGUUUGUCUUCAACACAGAGGCGCACCCGCUCCCGAUCUGGACCUCCUAGCGUGGCGACGACGUAGCCAUCUGGCGGCUCUUGUAGGCCUCCUCUAUGAGACCCCAGCGGCCGUCCAUGACAGCCCGUCUGAGCGCUGCCUUGUUUUUCUCUUUAGACGUCAGACCUGCAGGUUCUUGGGUCUUUGUUUCUGCCGUCGGGGAGGUGUAAAGGGCGAGGCGCCGGUCCAGAGGCUGCCGAAAACCAACUCAGGACUAGAAGCCUGGACCUUCUGAUAGUGACCGCCAGAGGCAGCAAACCCAUCCGUCUUGGUCUAAAUGGGUCCAAAAUUCCCUCCCUGAUUCCCUUCACACAGUCAUAGAGUUUGGUAAUUGUGUUGGGCGACGCUCACCGCUCCCUCUUCUUGCACUGAGCAUGCCCAGUACACUCGCCCAUAGACCUCAAUGGGCAGCUUCACGUCCAGGUGCCAGCUGUAAAGCUUAUGUGUCUGAUCGCUGAUGACCAAUCCAUUGAUCACAAGAAUGGGGGUUCACUUCUACGGCUUCUACGGAACGGGUGGCGAUAGCCGAACGCCAUACUCGGCAGUCCCAUUGAACUGAAUGGAGCGGUGGUCCCAUGUGCACGCAGGGAAAUUAGGGUCUCCCAUUGUUGUGAUCAGGGGGCAUCUCAGUGGUCGGACCCCCAGCCAUCGUACACUUGGGGUGAUAAAUGUCUUUCAUGGAAAACUCAGAUACGCUGACUGCCCGAUAAUCUAGUUAAAUACAAUUAAAAAUUAAAAAUGUAUUGAAAAAUCUGUAUAUUUUACGAUAAAUCUGUAAAAGUAAUUGGUCAUAAAAAUUAAGGUGAGAAAGAUUAAUAAAAAUGUGUAGAUUCUUCUGUCACCACUAGGGGGAGUUCUAUGGGAGCCGUACGACACCGAGAGGCGGUGAGCUCCCCCUAGUGGUGGCUGAAGCAGGCACAGUUAUAACUCUAGGGCCGUGUGAAGGGGAUCUGAUCCUUUUUCAUUUUAAUAUUUUAUAAAAUUUUGGACCUUUAAAAAAAAAAAAAAAAAAAGUAAAAGUAAAAGUAUUUGAUGGGUAGAACUUUAUAUAACUCAGGAAUGACGACGUUUAAGCUGAGGACUGGAUAUUUGUCAGGCCAGGAAGCCGUCCCGCUUGUCUUUACUGGGGAACACUGUGACUAAAUCCCACUAUAGCUGUGACCUGUCUGCUCCGUGUGGCGGGCGACUGGGGGGGGGGUCAUUUACUUAUAUGCCUGGAACUGGAUGAGGGAUGCUGUCCUAUGCCUUAAAGGGACAGUAGCUCUAAGAAUAUGGACCCCCCCCCCCUACGUCUUGUCUUGUGAGAAGGGAGAGUGCAAUUGGAGCAACUCCCUCCAAAUUUUUUUUUUUGGGGGGGGGGGUGUAAAAAAAGAAAAAUGGGGUUCUAUGCACUAACCAGUGUGAAUGGGUAAUUGGGUCUUUUGCUGGUGAGAACCCCAUGAUUGACGUGUACCGGGGGGGCAUCGGGUGUUAGUGUAUCCACAGUCCAUGCCGUGUGGAUCCCCGACCUAUAGCUGAUGCAAUGUUGAGGAUUUAGGGGGGGAGGGGGUGCGGCAGUCGAUUGGCGUCCUAAUCGCCCCCCCCCCCCCCCUCGAGUCCUCAUGAACCAAAGCGGCCAUUACCGGCGAAGUGCAAUUCAGGAUUCAUAGCUCCAGUGCGAUCCAUUCGCUGCACCCGGGUUGUAUCAUAGACCACUGGUUAUAAUAGGGGAUGAUGAGGGUGAUGCUAUUAUAUACAUGGAGGGUAAUAUAUUCUUCUUUAUUAUAUAUAUAUAUAUAGUUUAUUUCAUAGUGGGGGGGUAUAUAUGGGUGACUGGUGUAUAUAUGUGCAUAUGUAUAUAUCGACCUCCUUGUUUACCGGCGUCUGGUCGCCUUCUAGGGCCAAUAACAAUUGAUCGCUGGAGUCCUAUAAAGUACUGCUCCCCCUGCUGGUGAAACCACGGAGGUGUCAGAUUGGGGUCCAGCUCAUUCCUCUCUAUCCCCUGUGCUUUAGGCAUGACUCCUCUUAAAGGGUAGCUCCGCAUCCCGUCACAUCUACAUACGUUGGGUCACGUCUUAUACUCCAGUCACAUCCAGAUCUGCAUCGUGCGGCCUGGAAUCAGCCGUAGCCUUAGGAUUGUGCAAGUUGUGGCGUAUCAAACCACUGCAUCCCCCUACAACACGAUGCAGCAGAGUCAAUGGAGCAGGAACGGGAAAGGGUGCUGUGGAUGUGAUUGGAGUAUAAGGCACAACAACGUGUGCAAAGCAACUCAGUCGGCGGAGUGGUCCUUUAAGUUGAGUCUGUCGCCCGUUUUAUUGUUUUUCUUCUUUUCUACGGAUGUCUCCGAUCUCCAGCAGCCUCAUUAUCGUCGCGUCUCGAUGUCAAUUCUCCCUUUUUUCAGGUUUGAGUAACAGACAUUCAUGCCAAUAUGAAGUUAGGGGGCGCUAUAAGCAAAGGGCCGGAUCCAUUGCUCACCGGUGCCACCAGUGGUGGACGACAGGUACUGCAGGCUGGCAUUCCAUCCAUUGUAAAGUAUGCCCGCUCACUCCGUAGGGUUAAUAGGGGCUCGGACUACAGUCCAUUAGUGGCCACUUCCCAGUCAUCCCUGCUUCCAAAGGGAGGGAUUCCCAAGGCAAGGGCAUAUGAGGGAGUUACUCUUUAUGCAAUUGUCUACCACAUCAGUAUACAUUCGCCUAUGGUAAGUGAGAAUUCUAUUCCGGUCAUUCCGCAUCUUCUGCACGGUCCAUUCCUUGCAGCUUUCGAAUGUCUUAGGACAGUUUUUAGUUUUUCAUUAAAACUGUGAAAUAAAUUAUUAUAAUUUUUUUUAAUUUUGCUUGUAAUUACCCGACGCUGUAUCCCUUGCGCUGACAUCCUGUAAUGUUUACCUUGCCGGCUCCAGUAAAGAUCACAUUGAGUUAA